UCUACCAAUUGAGCUACAGAGAACUAUCCCUUCAGACUAUUGUCAUUGAAAUUUGGACUACUAUUUACAAAAGCACUACUUCUAUAUCUAUAUAUGUGCACAUACUGUAUCUAGGCUAUGUGCCUCUCAUGUAGGCUACCCCACCCACUCAAUAGUGAGUCAGUUUUGAAUGUGUGGGUCUUGUUUUGGGGUUCUGUCUUUGGCAGAGACUGGCAAAUAGUGUCUGUCUGAGUGACAGGACCAAGCUGUCUGCAGAAAAGAUGGAGGACUCUGUAAAUGCGGAGAGUGUCGCCAAUGGAGGAGGCCUGGUGAACGCAGAGAAAGAGCCAGAAGACACUCUCAGGUACAGAAAUCUGGGAUGGUCUAACUUCACUUCAAUGCUAUUUCUGAAACUAGAUGGGGGCUGGGGAAUUUCUGGAAGUGAGAGGUGUCCUUUCUCAUGUGUAUGUUAAAGUGCCAGGGUGUGGGCAGGGUAUGUUUCAGUUCUGUCAGAUUUGGUCUGUCUCUUUAUUUCUGAGGAGAGUCGAAAACACAAUGGGCACGUUUCCCGGACACAGAUUACGCCUUCUCCUGGAGUAAAAAGCAUGCUCAAUGGACAAUAAGCUACAUUGAACGUUGUUUUUGUUGUUGUGCAGAACUAAGAUUAAUCUGGGUUUGGGAAGCCAGCCCUAUGGGUAAUUUAGUUAGUGUGUGCCUCUAGUUGCCCAUGCGUUGUCAGCCAAUGUGUCCUCCCCACAGCCCCACAGACCUUUCUGAACUGCUGGCUGCCGGGACCAAAGAGGUUCACGAGAAGGCUGAGAACACCCAGUUUGUCAAGGACUUCCUCAGGGGGCGCAUCCGCAAGGAGCUCUUCAAGGUCAGUCUGGAGAAUAGAGCAGCCACAUAAAAGGACUCCUCAGAGAAAUGUCUUUUCUGAGACUUAGUACAGCUGCAUUCACUGUCUUGAACAGUAUGCAUAAUCUGAUUUACCCACAGCAGUCAGUUUUAAGGGUGUAGGCAUUUUGAUCUAACUUUGACAUCCUCACUUUGCAAACGCUUUGUAAGAUAAUACUGUCAAGAAUCGUGAUGGGUCUUUCAGAACCACUGGUAAUGAACAACCACUGUACUGAACAACGAUCUCCUGUAAAGCUUUAAAGAACAUGAAGUGCUUUGACAUACUCACUUUGUGAGACUUUGCCAGGAUACAGAAAGGGAUGUAUCUUGAAAACGUGAAUGUUGACGCACAGUAUUUGAGGGACUGUCAAUUAUUUGAAAAUAAAAUAUUUGGGGUAAAAUUGUCCUUUUAUUCUCUUCCUGUGUCCCUGCAUCUCUCCUCCCCCUCAGCUGGGCGAUGUGGCCCUCUACUACACCUACGAAGCCAUGGAGGAGGAGAUCGAGAGGAACAAGGAUCAUCCUGACUUCUCCCCGCUCUACUUCCCAGAGCUGAAUAGACGUGACGCCCUGGCCCGCGACCUGGACUACUUCUAUGGUGAGGACUGGCGGGAGCGGGUCAGCUGCUCGCCAGCCACGCAACGCUACGUGGAACGCAUCCACAAGGUGGGUAACCCAGAGGUUAGAGAAGUGGACCGGAAACCGGAAGGUCGCUGGUUCAAGUCCCAGGCUAGACGAUUAAAAAAGUGGGGACUGAACUGGCUACUGGAGGGCUGCUAGUUUCAGAUUCACAUUACCACCAUCCACUACCGUUGUGCCUUUAUGCAAGGCACUUAAUGCCUAAAACUACUCCAUGGGUGCUGCACUGCAGCUGACCCUGUGCUGCUUCAAUCCUCUGGUGUAUGUGUGGAGUCCAGGGGAGGUUGAGAAUAACAGAAGACAGCCAAAAGGCAAGAACAUUGGACAAUGAAGUUGUAUUUGUAUUGUAGGUGGGUCAGGAAGAGCCGGUCUUGCUGGUCGCCCAUGCCUACACUCGCUACAUGGGCGACCUGUCCGGGGGCCAGGUGCUGAAGAAGGUGGCCCAGCGGGCGCUGAAGCUGCCAGCGACGGGCGAGGGCGUCUACUUCUACCAGUUUGACGGCAUCCACAGCGCCAAGGCCUUCAAACAGCUGUACAGGAGCCGGAUGAAUGAGUUGGAGCUGGACAUGGCGACCAAGGACAGGCUGGUGGCGGAGGCCGUGCUGGCCUUUCAGUUCAACAUGGAGGUGAGGAAGGGAAGAGAGAGAGACCUUCUGGUGUGGUGGGUCUUCUAGUAAACAGAGACUGCUGCACCUUCUGGUGUGGUGGGUCUUCUAGUAAACAGAGACUGCUGCACCUUCUGGGGUGGUGGGUCUUCUAGUAAUUCCUUCUAGGUAAUGGCUGGAAAUAUUGCCAUCUCAUAUCUGUGGUUCCUUGAGUGGCGCAGCGGUCUAGAGGCGUCACUACAGAUCCAGGUUCCAUCCUGGCUGUAUCACAACCGGCCGUGAUUGGGAGUACUAUAGCGCGGCGCACACAAUUUGGCCCAGCGUCGUCCGGGUUAGGGGAGGGUUUGGCCGGGGUAGGCCGUCAUUGUAAAUAAGAAAUUGUUCUUAACUGACUCGCCUAGUUAAAUAAAGGUUAAAUAAAAAAAGAGACGUUUAAUUUUCAGAGGAAGCCAGGUCGCAUUAGUUUAGUUUCAGAGGUAGGUCACAGUAGUUUAGUUUCAGAGGUAGGUCACAGUAGUUUAGUUUCAGAGGUAGGCCACAGUAGUUUAGUUUCAGAGGUAGGCCACAGUAGUUUAGUUUCAGAGGUAGGCCACAGUAGUUUAGUUUCAGAGGUAGGCCACAGUAGUUUAGUUUCAGAGGUAGGCCACAGUAGUUUAGUUUCAGAGGUAGGCCACAGUAGUUUAGUUUCAGAGGUAGGCCACAGUAGUUUAGUUUCAGAGGUAGGCCACAGUAGUUUAGUUUCAGAGGUAGGCCACAGUAGUUUAGUUUCAGAGGUAGGCCACAGUAGUUUAGUUUCAGAGGUAGGCCACAGUAGUUUAGUUUCAGAGGUAGGCCACAGUAGUUUAGUUUCAGAGGUAGGCCACAGUAGUUUAGUUUCAGAGGUAGGCCACAGUAGUUUAGUUUCAGUGUUAGUUUCAUAGAUGGGCAUUUUUCAGUAUUGUAUCAUUAAAUGAUUACUUAAAUCUCAAUAACCAGCCACUGUAUUGAUCCUGUCUUUGGAGAUAAGAGUCUUGUGCCCAGGGAACAUUUUUGGCCAACAGCAGAUGGUUGGAUUUGUGCUUAUCACCGUAACCACUGCCAACUGGUUCUGAGAGUGUAGCCAGACAAUGCGCCAUCUAUUAUAUUUCAAUUUCAAGUGCCCAGAUAUGAUCAUUAAUUCACUUCCUCGCAUCUGGCUUCUGAUUACAUUACAUGAAUGUCAAAUGUUGAACUUGAUCAUAUUCUUGUUACGGUUCUGCAUCAUGGCAAAUGGCCAUUUAUUUUACCAGUGGCACCUCCUUAAGUGAAAUAUCACUCCUUUCACUCUCCCACCUACCCACCCAUAAUGUGAAACUUUGUGGUAAAUUCUGGGCCAUCAGAAUUCAGCUUACUGUUUCAGUUCAGGGAUUGUGUUCAUCAGGACACACAAUAGCAAACUGUUCCAAAGCAAUAACGAAAAUAAGCUUUCCUUAUUGGACAUUUUCAGACGGUACCUCCCUGUUUGACCUUUUUUUCUGUUUCGUGCUGAGUGAACACGAACCAGUUGUAAUCCCCUGUCUUUUGUGUGUUUGGUGUCAGGUAUUUGAUGAGCUAGAGGAGAUGGGUAAGGAUAUCCAGGAGGAGGUCAUGGACGCGGGCAUGCCCGUUCACGGGGCCCAUGGGACCGGAGGAGACCUCAACAAAUGCCCCUACUACGCCGCACAAAUGGGUACGCUAACACACAACUCCUGUAGGCUCUGUCUGGAAACAGUUAUUUGAUCCAGAAAACCACCUGAAAGAAAGUUGUUGUGCCAUGUUAGCAAUACGUGGGCAUUUAGAACCAAUACCCUUUCCACACUGUCAUGCUGGCUUGGAUAUUUGCUUUUCACAUUGUCCUAUCCAGCAUGGCUUCAGCAACUAUGGUGGCUUCCUAACUAGGCCAGUGCAGUACAGCUUGGCUUGGCCUGGCUUAAAACUGGUAUAAGAGUGUUUCAGAUGGUAAUGUGGGAGGUUUGCUUACCGUGUUCUUUGUCCUCUGUCUAUCUCAGCGGCCAGUGGGGGCUCGGCGUACGUCGGUCAGCUGGCCAUGGCCGUCCUCAGACACCCCACAGGCCAGGUCCUAUUCGCCGCCUGGGUCGCUGCCCUCGCCGGAUUGGCUGCGUGGUACUUCAUGUGAUCUGACCCCACAGCCAAUCGUUGGCUGUCCUGCAGGAAAGAAGGAGGGAAGAAAGGAAGAAUUGUUUUCUGAACGUUUGGAUGAGAACCCGUCCGUACCCAGACCUUGUAACCCCUCCUCCCCUCCUCUCGUUUUCUCUCUCUCUACUACCUCCCUCUCACUCUCCCUCCGUCCUGUAUCCUCCCAGUAUGGUUGGUCAUAUUUGUAGCUCUUAGUAUCAUUUUAGAGCCAUUUUUUUUUAUUCAAUCCUGUUAUAGGAUUUAUUUCUUCUUGAGUUGACAUGAGGUGACAAUUGAUCUUACUUGAUUAGAUUAUAGUGUGAUUUGUUGUCAGGUUGAAGUCUCUUUUAUAAUCCCAAACAAUUGUAUUAUCGAGUGAUGCAGUAGAGUUAGAGUGAAAAAACAGCUACCCCGCUAUGACAAAAAAGGCUUUGUGGAUUUUGACACUUUUAGCUUGCCAUGGGGACUUGGACUAUAUUCUGUUGUCCCCUGGGUGGCCCCACAAUCCGUCCAUCAAACCAAAAUGUCAUCUUGAAAAUAUGAGAGCGGUGAGCCUCAGUGCUUGAAGUGGACUGAAUUAGGUGCUGGUACUGAAGAAGUAGAACAUUUGAGGUGCUGGCACUCUGUACCGGUGAGCACCAGCCCAACUCAAACACUGCUGAGCCGUAUACAGUAAAAGUAACAAGUUCUAUGCAUAUGUUAAUAUGCAGACCUGGCAAAGUGCAGGAGUGUUUCUGCAGGGCAGACUACUAUGUCUUGCGUGAGUAGGUUGAGAGGCAUCUUUUUAAGUUUGUGUUAAUGGUUAUGGGGGCGAUACUCUCUUGGAAGUAGUCCCAAGAUUCGGUUACGGACAACACAGGCUAACUGACAGCAAGAGCACACUUUAUAGAAAGGUCUAGACUUUAAAAUGUCUGCCAACGGUUGGCACACAUCACAAUGUAUUAUUUUUCUCUUCUCUCAAAAUGAAUGCAGGCAGAAAAUUCCAACCUCCUGUGAAAAGCACACAGACAGUGAGUGAGUGACAGGAUGGACACCUUUUAGUUCUCGUGUUUUAGGAUGGACGAGCAAUAUUACUAUUAAUAAUUUCUGAAGUGUAUUUUUUGUUUUAUGCUACGUUGUAUUUAGUUAUCUAGUGCUGUCCAGUCCCUUGUCCUUUGCAUUGCACUCAGACAGUCUACAGGGGUACAGCGUGUCUGAAAACGGACACAUCCGUCCUGGAAACGUGUAUAAAGUUGAUUUUCAGUAUUGUUCUAGGCCUGUGGACACCAGGUAGAGGCAGCGAAUACAGCAGCUAGUGUAAUGGUCUGGGAGACAGGGCAGGACAGGUGAGAUGAGAUCAGGAAAGAUUGGUGAAGACAAGGUACCUCAUUAGUCUGAAUGGAUAACAUUGAAGACUUAAAAGCUAUGCACCAACCUGAUGAGGUUGGGCCAUCGUUGUUUAGUUGUGGAGGAGAGCAGUGUGUUGUGCAGGUGACCAUAAGUUUAUAUCUGAGGAAUUAUAAGGCCACUACAGUAUUUAGCAGAUCCUAUUCAGGUUUCACACUGACAUCAACGUUACAUUCCUUGAUUUGUUUGUAGUUUUAACAUUGAAGACAACAGUUUGCGUUGUAUUCUAUGCUUUCGCUUGAAGAUGAAGAG